GAGUUUCUUUUUUUUUUAAAAAAAAAAGGAAAACUGCAAGGUAAAGAGGGGAAAUUGCCAACGCUCUCUGGUAACGAACGAACGACGCUCAAAUAUCGGAUUUAGUCUAUGGCUCUUGCAGUUCAACAUUUGCCUACCACGCGGCAGUGCCUGGCAUUCCUAUACGACCAUGGAAAGCGUCGAAGGAAAGUUAUGUGACAAUUGCAUGAGAAUUUGCCGAUCUUAUUGGGACGGUGUUUUCGAAUUACAAGCAAGUUAUCAUGAGUUUAUAGCGAGUAAGAAUAGCGGGUGUUAUAUCUGCUCUUGGUUAUGGGCAGUACAUCAGCCCUCAGAUCCGAUCGAGCAAGAUAUAGAGGACGUCGAUAGCAAUUACGAGCUUGAGGAAGUUAAUAUCCGCACCCGUAUCGAUGGUCAGCAAAUUAAUAACACCACAUACGUAACUUGUUGGAUUGGUUGUUGUUGGGCUGGCCCGUUACGUGUCAAAAGUAGGUCUGAAAUAUUAUUGAAAUAGCAUACAUAUCACCUUAACAGGUACACACCUAUAUACUGAUAAUCUGCCUAGUCCAUAUGGGAGAGCUGAAGAACGUCGGAAUAUCAUCUCGUGCACUAUUGAGCGAACUCGAGACCCGUCCUUGGUCUACCCUCGGCCCCAGCACAGGGUCUAAUGAGUCCUUAGGAAAAAUACAUGGGUGGAUAUCAUGCUGUCAAGCCAACCAUAAGCAAUGUGGCUCAACCCACGGAUACCAUGGACCACCUGGUUUAGAGAUUGGUACCUUCUUCCCAACUCGAGUAAUUGACGUCGAGAAAGCCGACGCUGGGAUAAUAUCUCUACGAGAUAGGGCCGAAGUCAUGAUUCAAUUCGGCACCGAGAGCGAAGCACGCCUACCGACAUCAACUGAAUCUAGUACCGUGCAUAAAUAUCCCGUCUAUUGGACUUUAUCUCAUCGCUGGGGAAAUACUGACGAGAUGCCACGACUACUCAAAGACACAGAGUUACGGCUUCGUGAAGGCGUUAAGCUUAAUGAAUUACCCCCAAUUAACAGAACGUGGCCGGCAUUCCGUGAUGCGGCCCUUCUUGUCAAGCGUCUCGGCUAUAGAUAUAUUUGGAUCGACUCGUUGUGCAUUUUUCAGGAUUCAGCUAGUGAAUGGCAACAAGAGGCUAUUACGAUGAUAGAUAUUUACCGCCACUCAUAUUGCAAUAUAUCGGCGGGCUCUGCGUCACACAACCCGGCAAACAAUGGCCUUUUUCGGCGAAGGAAGCUCCACGAGAGGCUCUUCUAUCCGGUUGUGGUGAACAUAAACGCCCAACCAUACUGGGCAUGGCAUAUUCUAGAUUGGGAAAACGAAGUCGAGAGAGCGCCUCUCAAUAAACGCGGCUGGGUCGUACAAGAACGAUUUUUGACGACGCGUACCAUCCAUUUCGCUAAAAGUCAGAUCUUCUGGGAAUGCUUGGAGGAAAUCAAUCGCGAAUCUCAGACGAUGAGUGGGAGCCUAGCAAGUCUAGAAAGCCUGAGGGCCAUGAUCAUGAGGGACGCGGAUUCUGUAGAAGGUGGCAAAAAGGCAGCGUUGGAGUUCACUAAACUCAAAGAAGCUUCUCUCAAAGAAACUUCUCAAAAAGAAACUUCUCUCAAAUCACACCGCCGCCCUCAUGAUGAGGGGAGACUUGAGCGAAUCUACAAGUACCGGCGUAACAUUGUGGGAUAUUUUAAAUCUCGCGGGGUGCUGAAAUUCGAUAAACCCAAAGAAAUUACUACUGAACUGCAUCCCUCCCCGAGACUAGUGAGAAUCUACGAAGAGUGGACUCGUAUUGUGGAAUACUACACAUCCUGUAGGCUUACAAACGAAUCUGAUAGACUAAUUGCUUUGUCCGGCAUCGCAAAGGCUUUCCAGGAAACCACCGGCGACACGUAUCUAGCCGGCCUAUGGAAAGAUGCGCUCGUCCCUUGCCUUGCGUGGCAUACCGGAGGGUUUGCGGGAGUCCAAGUCCGACGUAACGAGUAUGCGCCGUCGUGGAGUUGGGCUUCGAUCACGGGAGGCAUGGUAAGUUUUAGUGUUGUAGGUAGAUGGGAUCGAACACCAAAUUACGCCAAACUCAUUAAGGAACGAAUCAUACCUAAAUCAGCUAACGGGGACUCAUUUGGACUGCUUUGCUCGGCGGAGCUCGACGUCGAGUGUAUGAUUUGCCACCUUCGAUUGGGUGAGAAGAGAAGGUACCCCAGGCGGGAGGCCUGGGUAUAUUAUGACGAAGCUCACAGCCGAUGCUUUUUUGAGGGAGAUUCAUAUAUGACAGUACGGUAUGAUUCGGCAGACUUGGCAAAUAAACACAAGGUAUCGAGUCGGUCUGGUUCCGUACCCAUUAUCACAUUUAUUCCAAUCGGGAGGGAUGCGAUCAACAUAUGUUGUCUUAUAUUGGAGCGUGAUGUAGAUAACAGGUUCAAACGAGUCGGGCUUAUGAGUUGGGAGCUUGAGGAGCGGGAAACAAGUUUUUUGGACAAAUGGGACGGUACGAAAUCUCGUAUCACACUUAUAUAGAAUACUUAGGUAGUUCGAUAUACACGGUCGAUAUAUACAUACGGUCGAUAUACACGGUCGAUAUACAAGAUCGAUAUACAUACGCGACUUUAUUAUCAGACGGAGAGUUUCACUUGUGACGUCCUUAACCUAGAGAAAUAGGUAUUCAUACCUCGUUAAAUACAUAUAUACAUACUCCAUUUAAUUUAUACCCGGUAACUGCAUACCUUAGCGCCAGCCUUGCACAGAUUAGAUUACCUACACCUCAUUUGCACCGCAAUCACAUUUUCCCAGCUUCCU